ACAAAUCAGAAGCCGCGCCGUUAGGGACGAGUUUCGCUAAAAGCCGUAACCAGGGUUCAGUUACGGCUUAGCCAGCGAUUAGGCAUAGGCACUGCCCGGAGGCGGCUCAUUGGGGCCGUGGUGGGAGGAAGAGCCGCCCGAGCUGAAAGGUGUCACUUUCGACACUACCAGCCAGCCAGCUUAAUAGCUUAACAGCUUAACAGCCACCGCAAAGAUAUCUAUCUACAAAUAAAGAAGUGAGCUCUAGCCAAAGUACAGCUCCGGUCGACUCCUGUCCACCGAUCCAACUCACUCCCUCCCUCCUAUCAAUCCCUCAAAACCAUCCAAUCAAUACCUCAAAAUGAUCUCUGACAACGACCUCUACCGCCUCGCCCUCUUCCUCGGCACCUGCGCCAUGAUGAUGAUCGUCCUCUACCACUUCCUCGAAGUCAAUGCCCACGACGAGGAGGCCGACGAGCAACCCCAAAAGAACACCGGAUCCGCAGACAAGACUUUGAAUUUGGGAAUCACGAGCGACGGUGUGCCAUUGGCUGCCGCUGCCGCUGCCGCUGGAGGUUCGGGUCCGUCAGCUAUUGGAGGGGGGAAAGGGAGGUAAUGGUGGAUAUACGGAGUAUGGGGGAUACACAUGGAUGUGAAGGGAUGGUGUGUGGAUAAAAUGACGACUACGUGGUGAAAUUGGCUGUGAGCACUGUUUUAUAUCCUAUGGGUGUACGAUACGUACGAUACGCCUUCUUGACCUCU